CGUACCGGCUAUGAUGACCAUGACGUCAUCUGUCACCAUCUUGAAAGGGAAAUUUUGCGGUCAGACGCAGCUUCCCCAGUGUUGUUGAUGUUUCGUUGUGUAUUUCUGACAUCUCGGACGUUUUUAAGCAGAUAGGGCGUCUGUGCUACCUUUGUUUCUCACAGAAAUCGUGUAAAAACGCAUCUGUGAGAAGGAUUUUGUUGUAGAAUACCCGACUAAAGCACCUGCCGCAGUUGUGUUGAAGAAACAUAUCGACAUUUUUUCUCAGCUGACGAACACACUCGAGAACGCAAAAAAUGGCUGGAUGUCUGGACAACUUCCAGUGGCCCAAGUGCGACUGUAUCGAGCUGGGAGACAAGCGGAACGCCAUCGCCUCCAUAUCAGCUGGAAUGCUGUUCUUUGCAGGUUGGUGGGUGAUCAUUGAUGCAGCCAUACAGUACCCUGAACAGGACAAGCUUCACCACGCCUACCAUACCUGCGGAGUCAUAUCAACUGUGGCCAUGUUCAUGAUAAAUGCUGUAUCCAAUGCCCAGGUGAGAGGGGACACCUACAACACAGGUUGUAUGGGACAAACAGGUGCCCGGGUGUGGCUGUUCCUGGGUUUUCUCCUUGCCUUUGGGUCACUCAUCGCUUCCUGUUGGGUGCUCUUUGGCGGUUAUGUAGUCUCACCUUCCACCCUGCACAAGCAGAACCAGUAUGCAGGAGUUGCCGUCUUCUUACAAAAUGCACUUAUCUUCUUCAGUGCAAUAGUCUUCAAGUUUGGCAGGACGGAAGACCUGUGGGAAUGAGGAACAGCUAUGUCAGACCAGCAGCAUGCUGGGAGGAAACAGCAAUAGAAUAGCAUGCCUGUACAGUUUGGUUGACCUUGACAGCUAUAAUCAAUGUCAGGAUCUUGUUAGAUGUAAUAACUCAAUGUGGCAUAUUUUAUAUAGAUCUUACUAAAAUGGAAAGUGCUCAUUUUUGUCGGGUGGUAUCGGUAGUUAUUGAUAUUAUAUUACAAAGGUAACAAACUGAAAACAGUAUAUGAUAACUUCUAUUGAUGUUGUAAUAAAACUUUCAGUGUUAUUUCAAAAAUAUAUAUGUGUAUAAGAAAGACCUUUACAAUAAUUCAUGUAAUUAGUAGAGGUAUGCAUUCCUUUUGAAAUGUUGGUGUUAGUAACAUGUUGAAUAUGAAUCGUUCUUAUGAUAGCUGUAAUGCUAGAUAUGUUUUCCCUAUCCAGCAGAAUUUUUUUGCAUCUUUUUUUACUUUUCUGUGCAUAUUGUAAGUUUUCAAGUGAAUUUUGUGCCAUCUUGUACAGUAAGUGUGUUGAAUCCUUUCAUUUUUCUGUUGCUUGACUGUUGUGCAUAUACAGUUAAAUACAAAUGUAAUAAAAUAAGGUAAAGUCAUAGGGUUUACUGUACUUUAAUUAGUUGGGCCAUAUUUGAACACUUGUUGUGGCUGGAGAAUUCAUUUAACCAUACACACCCCAAUUCCUCUGCAAGAGGGGUCCGUGGUAGUACACGGCAAAAAAAGAAGUGAUUAAAACAUUUCUGGGGCCAGAUUUGAGUUCACAUUGCCCAUAAUCUGCUGCAAAAUGACAUUAGAUAUUAAUAUAUAUCGCACCAUAUAUUCCCUGAAAGAGGGUUGCUAGACUUGAGGGUUUGCCAUCUCGACUUCAGACCGGAAAGAAACAAAAUUUAAGAGAUCAUUUUGACGAGGC